CACAUCAGAUAUGCAAGCGCAUCAUUCUCUGACAUUACGCGUUGUUGCAUUGUAACCCGGCAAGCGGGAAUUGCCGAGCCGCCUCGUCCCUGAAUUGCGUGACGUCUUAUAAACAUUGUUACUUUGUAACGUGACCCGCUGACAAGACCAGCAGCGAGGGUACAAUGGGCCAGCUGAAGCGCCGGCGCCCGGCGCACUUGCUGCGCCCGGACCAGAUGCUGACCACGCUGUCGGGCCUGCGGCUGCACGCGCUGCUGCAGCACGGCGGCAUCUGGCUGGCAGUGCCGCCGGAGCUGGGGGAGGUGCUCAACCAGUGCUGCACCGGCCAGUUGGACGGCGGGCCCGGAACUGCGGAGGAGGUGGCGGCGGUGCUGGCGCCUCUAGUGGGCGAGCCCCUGUGGCCGCCGCCGGGGCUAGCGGCGCCCGUGGCGGCGGCGGCGGAGGCAGCGGUGGCGGAGGAGGCGGCGGCAGCGGCGACUCCACAGGCACCAGCUGACGUGUCAGGGGCACGGCCGCAGCAGCAGCAGCAGCAGCAGCAGCAAGAGCCAGAAGCUAUGGAGGUCGACGCAGGGGCGGGGAUGGGCGCGGGGGCAGCAGCGGCGGCUGACGCGGCGGCGGCGGCGGAGGCGCAAGGGGCGGCGAUGGAUACGACAGAGGGGAAGGCGGAGGGGGCGGCGGAAGGGGAGGCGGACGGGGAUGAGGCGCGGGGCGGCGCAGCUGCGUCCAUGUCUGCAGGCGAGGCACCAGCGGCUGACGGCUCCGCUGCAGGGGCAGGGCCAGGGCCAGGGACGGGGACGGAAGGUGCCACGGCGGUUGCGACGGCGGCAUCUGGGCAAGCAGGAACAGCAACAGCAGCAGCAGCGGGGCAGGCGGCGCCGGUGCAAGUGCGGCCAGGGGCGCGGGAGCGGCGGCGGCGUGGCGGCGGCACGCCGGCGCCGCCACCGCCGCCGUUUGCGCCUGCCGCCAACGGCUGUCGGUUGGUGGCUGUGCGGCUGACGCUGGAGGAGGCGUUCUUCCUGCACCGCGUGCUGCGCUGCCUGCAGGUGUACGAGCUGCAGCCGGGGGCGCCCAUUCCCGCCACGUCUGAGCACGUGCAGCUGCUUGACGAGCAGGGUCUGUGGGAUGCGUGUCGCGCCAUCCGCAGCAAUUUCGUCACCUCCUAUGCGGCCUACCACCACCUCAAAGCCAAGGGCUGGAUCCCGCGCUCGGGGCUGCUGUACGGCGUGGACUAUGUGGUGUACCAGCUACACCCGGUGGGCGCGCACUCGGACUUUGGUGUGUUGGUGAUCCCGCUGGGCCCCGGCGGCGAGCAGGAGGGUCCGGGUGCGGGCCCACACACGCCGCCCAUGAGGUGGCUGGACCUGCAGAUCACAAACCGCCUCAUCAACCAGGUGGUGAAGAAGCUCAUCCUGCUCUACCUUUACGAGCAGCAGCAGCCGCAGCAGCCGGGGGGUCAGCAGCAGCCGGGGGGGCCCGACCACGCCACGCCCGCGUGCCUACAGAACUUCCUGGUGGAGGAGCGCAUUGUACGGCGCUGGGUGCCCGACGCCACACGCGACUGAGCGCCGGGCAUACGGGCCAGCAGGAGCACUGCGUGAAGGUGAUUAGCAGGGUGUGCAGCAUGCCCAGUUUCGCGGAAGCAGGAGGAGGGGGAGGAACUAUUGGGCGUGCUGCUGCUGCUGUGUUGGGGCGGGACGGAAAGCGACGCGCUUGCGGGUAUUGCGGUUAAGUGUUUUAAGAAGAGCGGGACAGCGCGUUGGUCUUGGAGAGAUGGAGGAGCAAAGCUGCAAAGGAAGCGGAGCAAGCAGGAGGCGCAAGAGAGGCGGC